CCUGGGUGAGCGCCGAGCGGAGGAGAAAGUGCCCAGCGCGUCCACAAAGCGCCCGCGGCCGCCGCUCCAGCUGAGGCUGGGCAGCUCCGGCGGCCGGCUCAGAAGGAAGGGCUGGACGGAAGCGGGGGCGGGGGGCGCCGAGCGCCGAGGCCCGCGGGCUGGCGGGCGGGGAGGCCCCGGGCGGGGAGGCCCCGCAGCCCGCGCCGCCGCCCCGAGCCGCGUGCGCGCGCGGCCGCAUCAGCUGAGCGCGCGGCGCGUGUCACGUGGUGCGCGUGUCGAAGGUCACGGCGCGCUCACAAUGGAGCUCUCGGAGUCUGUGCAGAAAGGCUUCCAGAUGCUGGCCGAUCCCGGCUCCUUCGACUCCAACGCCUUCACGCUUCUGCUCCGGGCGGCUUUCCAGAGCCUGCUGGACGCCCAGGCGGACGAGGCCGUGUUAGAUCACCCAGACUUGAAACACAUUGACCCUGUGGUUUUAAAACAUUGUCAUGCGGCAGCUGCAACUUACAUACUGGAGGCAGGAAAGCACCGAGCUGACAAAUCAACUCUAAGCACGUAUCUGGAAGACUGUAAAUUUGACAGAGAGAGAAUAGAACUGUUUUGCACAGAAUAUCAGAAUAAUAAGAAUUCCCUAGAAAUCCUACUGGGAAGUAUAGGCAGAUCUCUCCCUCAUAUAACUGAUGUUUCUUGGCGCUUGGAAUAUCAGAUAAAGACCAGUCAACUUCAUAAAAUGUACAAACCUGCAUAUUUGGUAACCUUAAAUGUAGAGAACACAGAUUCCCGAUCCUACCCAGAGAUUAGUUUUAGUUGCAGCAUGGAACAAUUACAGGACUUGGUGGGGAAACUUAAAGAUGCUUCGAAAAGCCUGGAAAGAGCAACUCAGUUGUAACUUUGGGAUGCUAAAGAUCCGCCGAAUCUAGAGGAAAACCAGAAACGUCUUGCCUUCAGCCGAAGCAUCAUUCGUGCGAGCUGGAUGUCCUCAUUUUUAGAAGAAAAAAUAAUUCCUUUUGAAUUUAUGUACUCUUCAAUAUCGACUUUUUUUUUUUUACUUGUGAAAGGAUUAAGAGGGAAAUUCUGCCUAAGUGUUCGAAUUGUCUUUAGUAUUAACUGUACAUUUCUUCUAUUUUUUAUCUUUUUCAAGUCCUAUGAAAGGAAGUGAUCUUACACCCUGAAUAAAUAAGGUGGUGUUCCCACAAAGAGUGGUGA